AUGUUUCCUCCGAUUUCAGGUCCAGAUAAAUUAGGAACAUCAUCUUCCAAAUUGAGAUGGCAGAAGUCAACGAGAAGGAUUUCAUUUGUGAAACUUCCGUCGAUUCAGUCGAAAGGAAAACAUCAAAAUAAAGUGUCAUCGGUUCCAUCGGAAGAAGAACCCAUUCCAUCUGAUCCAACUCCAUCAACUUCUCUCCCACCCAUCCCCACAAUUACUCCUUCUUUGUGCAUUGAUAAUCAAUAUUUCGCGAAUUAUAUCAAUGAAAAACCGAAAAUGGAUGAUGUUGACUACUUGAGCAGAGCUUUCAGUUCAUUCGCCAAAAUCCAAGGUUCGCUUCAUGCGCAGAGAACAAACUACUUCGAGAAACGAGGACUUUUGGAAGCCAUCGAAUUAAAUAUUGAGCAGCAAAACAGCAAGAUUAGUGAGGCAUUGGGUUGUCUGGCAGUUUGCAAUCAAAUUACUGAGAAAUAUCAGUGCACUUUGGAUAAUUCCUUCCAGAUUCUUGUGGACGAUUUCUCAGAAAAAGCGUUCAGAUUGAGCAGUUUGACCAGUCAGCUACAUGCUCUCAGACAAACUCAUCACGCGAAUUUACAAGUCAGGAAAAAUGAGGAGAGUCAACUGGAAGAGAUCGCAUGGAGAAUUGAGAGAGAAGAGAAAAGGAUUAAAAAAUUGGAUGGAAAACUGUGGAAAUUUUAUGAGAAUCGAGAAGGAAACAGGAAAGGAGAGAAAGAAAAGACACAAGAAGAUGAAGAAGAAAAUAGAUAA